UGGGAAACAGGGACCGCCUGCCCCGACCUGAGAGGAGCGGCCCCAACGUGUGUGUGGGGCCGCAGGGGGAGCAUCCGGAGCCGGGUUUGGGGAGCCCUGCAGUGAGACCCCAAUGGAGCUGCUGGUGCCGCUGAAGGCUCCGAACCGGGAUGUGCUGCGGGAGAGCUACGAGACACUGAUGGCCCUGGCACAGGGGCUGGUCACUGGGAAGGCAGCGGAUCAAGGACCGGGAGCAGGGAUCCAUGUGGAUCCACACACACACCCCCAAAGGAAGCAGAGCUCCAGCUCCAUCCGGCGCAGAGCAAAGCACCCGAACCCCACAGAGCCUCCCGGUGCCACCGGCACCCAUAGAGCGACCGGCACCAAACCCACCCAUGGCACAGCCCAUGAGCACCCGUUCGGCUGCCCCGACUGCGGCAAGAGCUUCCCGUGGGCCUCGCACCUGGCGCGGCACCGGCGCAUGCACACCAUGGAGAGGCCGUUCCGCUGCCCCGAGUGCGGCUGGGCCUUCAGCCAACGCGCCAACCUCCGCAAGCACGUGGCGGUUCGGCACUGCCGGCGGUGCCACCAUAGCCGCGAGCGCCGGCACCGCUGCCCCGUCUGCGGCAAGGGCUUCCCGUGGGCCUCGCACCUGCAGCGCCACCGGCGCGUGCACACCGGGGAGAGGCCGUACACGUGCUCCCGGUGCGGGGACAGCUUCGCGCAGGGCACGCACCUCAACCGGCACCUGCGCCGGCACCUGAGCCGGGCACCGAAGCGGGUGCAGCCGGAUGCGGCCAUAGGGAGCCAUGAGGGAUGCGCAGCAAUGGGUGAUGGUGCCAAGGGAAGGCACAGGCUGGGGGCAAAGAGAAGGACAUGGAAGGGGAUGGAGGGGGACAGCAGGGGGUGA